CAUUAACCGGAAACACCGACUACUAUAAAAUGGCCGAGGUCUUUGGUUGACGUGAUUACCUCGAGCGGUGUUAUAUGAUAGUGAAUUUUCACUGUGCUGUUAAUACUGUUUGUACAUGAAUAGCAACUUUUCUUUGAAAAUGUCGCGCCGGGAAAGAACAGAAAGUGUAGGAGACUCAAUGUGUUCCGUCUGCCACGACAGGAUGGACAUUUAUGCCAUCGGAGUUUGCGACCAUCCAAUCUGUUACAGGUGUUCAACACGCAUGCGAGUUCUUUGCGGUCAGAUGUAUUGCCCCAUUUGUCGAGGCGAUUUACCACAAGUUGUGUUUCUUACAGAGAAGAAAAAAUAUGAAAGUGUUGAUCGAAGGCAGUGUAUACCAAAUCGCCAGUUCAAGAUUCUCUUUGAGAAUGAAGAUGUUGAGGAGGCUUAUGAUAUUUUGUUGGAGAACUGUUGUCGUGUAUGUGAUAAAAGUCCUCUCUUUGACACCUUUCACCAACUAGAGACCCAUAUGAAGCGAUCACAUAGUGUGUUUGCAUGUGAUCUCUGUGUGAGUCAUUUGAAGAUUUUUCCAUUUGAACGCAAGUUUUAUAGCCGUAAAGACCUAGCAACGCAUCGGCGGUCAGGAGAUGCUGACAACACUUCCUAUCGGGGUCAUCCUCUUUGUCGUUUCUGUGAUGACCGUUACAUGGACAGCGAUGAAUUGCUUCGUCAUUUGAGAAAGGAUCAUUUCUAUUGUCAGUUCUGUGAUGCUUUGAACAGCAAUGAGUAUUACAAUGACUAUGAAGAUCUGAAAGCCCACUUCCGUGCCAAGCACUUUUUGUGUGAAGAGGGUGUGUGCGCCAGCCCAGAUGCUCGUUUCACUCAUGCUUUCAAUAGUGAGAUUGAUUUAAAAGCACAUAAGACAUCAGACCACAUGGGGAAAAGGUCUAAGGCCGAAGCCAAAGAACUGCGCACCAUUGACCUUCAUUUCCAGGUUGCGCCACGAAGGCGAGGACGUGAUAACAGUAUGAUUACCUCAGAGGACUUUGAAGAAGUCAGUGCGUCAAGUGGAAGGACUCAGAGGCAUGGUGCUGGUUACAAAAGGGCUGAAAUGCAUCAUGAUGUUCGGGAAAGACCAGAUAACAAGCAAGCAUCAAAAGAAAGCAGUCUUGGUAAUAACAGUGUUCAAACACCACGCAUGCCCAUUUUAGAAGAGGAUUUUCCAUCCCUUUCAAACACACCACCAGUUCCUGUGUACCAGCCCCCAAUUAAAGAACGAGCAGAUCCCCAAGAGGAUUUCCCAUCUCUUUUGGCACAAAAGCAUUCACCACCAGUUGGAGCACUUGCUUCUGUGCCUACUCAUCCAGUGCAGAAGAAACCCACUCCACGUGUUGCUUCCAAUGCAGCUGUUAAUUUUUCCCAUGUAGCUGCCACUGUCACAGGGUCUGCAGAGCCUACACAGCCCAGUAGGUUAAGAGAAGCACGACCUGUUGCAAACAAACAGGCAUCUUUUACAAAAAAUGGGUCAGGUCAAAAAUGGUCUGCACCUUUGUUUUCUUCAGGAGAGGAAUUUCCGACACUUGGAGUUGAGAGGAAAGAAAAAUCAGUGAUAAAUGGACCUCAUUUUGUCAACUUAGGUGCCUGGUCCAAAACUCAAAAAGAUGGAAAUGAAAAAAAUGCUUCAAAGAAGGCAGCAUCUACAAGGGCAUCGUUCAAGCAACCAAGUGAAAACUCUGGCUUUAGAGCCCUAUCUGCCUCCUUUAGCAAAGGUUUAGGUGAUGACCGCGAGUUUCCCUUACUAGGAGGUGUACCUACACUUAAGACUGUCACUGCUGUGUGGGGAGAAGACAAGUUACAAAUGGAUGAUAAAAAGAAACCUAAUAUGUCCUUAAGCUCGACUUUGCCAUUGCCCAAAAAACAAAUAAAUGGUACAAAAGACUGUGGUAGUCCUGAUUCAAAGUCAAAGAAAAAAAAGAAAAAGCAGAAAGCCAAAGGUGAUACAGGUGAAAGUGUAGUUGAAAAUGGUGUUAAAGCAGAUGCUUUCACGGUAAAAGCAGAUACUCUCACAGUAGAUGUACAAGUCGCGGUUUCAGAUCAGGUUUUAGAAGAGACGUUGCAUAGCACCAUAGAAUGUGAAAGCAGUCCUCAGCAGAAGUUAGUAGUAAAUGUGAAGCAAAAUAAUAAUAUUUCUAAUUCAGUCCCUUGGCAACCCGAAGAAAGUAAUUUCACAUCAGCAGAAGCACCGAUGGUCCCCAUAGCUGUUGAGAACUUGAAUGUUUUGGAAGAUAAAGAAAACCAAGAGAUAUUUUCUAGUCCAGAAAUUUUUGUAGAUGAUGACUUUCCAUCUUUACAGUCCAUUUCCAAGAAAACGGACCCUCCGCCAGGGUUUAUAAAAACGCAGAAAGUUACAAAGCCUCCCCCAGGUCUCAAAAAACCACUUUCACAGGCUCGUGCUCCUCCAGGUCUGGCGUCAUCAUUAGGUAGUAGUUCUGCUUGUAUUCCAAUGUCUGUUAAGCUUAAUAUGCAUCUGUUUGUGCCUCCAGUUGACAUUGCUGAACGUAACAGUGAGCUUGUCAUGCAGAUUCGUCAGAUGUUGAAGGCCACAGAUCUUGACAAGUUUCGUAAAUUGUCAGGGGAUUUCAGGUCAGGUCAAAUUAGUGCUAUGGAAUACCUUCAGCAGUGUCAAGACUUGCUUGGAAAAGAAAACUUCUGUAGUGUUCUUCCAGAGUUAGUGGCUCUUUUACCAGACAUUCUGAAGCAACAAGAACUGUUGCUUGCAUGCAAGCACCCAUCAGGGGCACUAGGACUCCAUCCACAUUUACUUUCAUGCCCUGUCUGUUACCAAUUGCUCGCAGUUAAAGAUUUUACUCCGCAUAUGGUGUCUCACCCCAGCUUUGCAGCUAGUGAUCACCCAUCUGCCAGUGUCCCUCAGUCUGCUCCAUCAAAGUUAACAUUAGCUACAUAAACAUUAGAGUUGCAGAAUUGUACAACUGGAUGUUUGGGGAGACUUUUUCAAAGGUAUACUUUGUGAAGAUGUUCUUACAAAAAAUAGGGAAAACUUGCAGCACAUCAUGUAUUCUACUCUAUCAAGCAUUUUAUAUGUGAAUGUAUAGUAAAACUGAAUAUAGCAUUAACUAGUACCUUAAGAGAAGAAUUCUGAACUGCGUGUUUGCUCCAUCCACAUUAAUAGUGAAAAGGUUCUGUAAGGUAAGCUAGAGAAGCUCUAGUAAGCAUGCAUUUUCAAUGAAAAAAGUACUGAGUAUGCAUUGUCUAAAUGGCUUAGUGGUUUAUGAAGUUGCUGUAGAUAUGAAAGCUUUGUGUGCUGUAUCAUACAUUUUAUAUGGGUGUUCAUUCUCAUGUGGCAUGUUUUCAGUUAUAAGAAAAAACGUUUUAGGUUUUGUUUCCUAUGUACUUAAGCUAUUUUCCAAGUUUGUCUAUAAUAGACUGACAUAGCCUUUUAAAUACCACCUAGUAACCUGCUUGGGUUUUUUCUCGUAUAUUAGUAGAUUUGGCAUAAUUUUAGCAUUUGUUACCUAGUCUUUAUAAGUCCUACAAUUAUUGCAUGCACAAUUUUUCAUUGUGAAAAUGAAAUAGGUUUUAUCACAAAAAGUAAUAUAUUUGUUUUUGACAGUCUAUGCAUUACAAAAGAUAUUUUAUUUCCCAUCUUUUCCUGCUGUCAGUGUUUGUGUGGUCAAGUAAUUCAGUCUUUCAUGCUCACAAAUGGGUGGCGUGCAGUUCAUAAAAUAGGAACAUAAUUUGUACAAGAAUGUGAAAAAUAUGCAAUAAAAGGGUUUUUUUGGUA